AUGUGGGCCAUCCCGGUGAACCUGCCGUUCACGGCGUUCAGCCGGAGCCUCAAGGCCAGCGGCAGAGCCCGUCGGGUGCUGGCGGAGAUCACGCGGGAGAAGACGGCCAGCCGGUGCCAGCCGGAGCACAGCAGGGCGCCGCGGAGCAACGACCUCAUAACCUGCCUGCUCGGCCUGACGGACAACCAUGGCGAGCGGUUGCUGAGCGACGAGGAGAUCGUGGACAACGCCAUGGUCGCCCUCAUCGCCGGCCACGACACGUCGUCCAUCCUGAUGACCUUCAUGGUCCGCCACCUCGCCAACGAUGAUGCCACCCUCGCCGCCAUGGUCCAAGAGCAUGACGAGAUCGCCAUGAACAAAGGCGACGGAGAGGCUCUCACCAGGGAAGAUCUGACGAAGAUGAAGUUCACAUGGCGAGUCGCGCAGGAGAUGCUACGAACCGUCCCUCCGAUCUUCGGCAACUUCAGAAGAGCGCUGGAGGACGUCGAGUUCGACGGCUACCUCAUCCCAAAAGGAUGGCAGGUGUUCUGGACGGCGAACGUGACGCACAUGGACGCGAGCAUCUUCCACGAGCCGGCCAAGUUCGACCCGUCCAGGUUCGAGAACCAGGCAGCGCCGCCGUGCUCCUUCGUCGCCUUCGGGGCCGGCCCGAGGCUAUGCCCCGGGAUAGACUUCUCCCGGAUCGAGACGCUGGUGACGAUGCACCACCUGGUGAGGCAGUUCAGAUGGAAGCUCUGCUGCAAGGAGAACACCUUCGUGAGGGACCCCAUGCCGUCGCCGCUGCGUGGCCUGCCCAUCCAAAUCCAGCACAGGACCUCCCCUCCAUCGUGA